GGUCGUCAUGUAUCUUCUCUAGCAAAGCGCCGUGCUACAUUUUUAUUUGCCCCCAGUUGUCGCUGCACUUUGUUUUGACAGCUGCUUGUUUUCUUUUCUCAGACCCUUUUACCGAAGAAUGAGCGAAAACGAUGACAUCGAAGUCGACAGCGAUGCAGACAAGCGAGCACAUCACAACGCGCUGGAGCGCAAACGCAGGGACCACAUUAAAGACAGCUUUCACGGUUUACGAGAUUCUGUGCCUGCAUUACAAGGGGAGAAGACUUCUGUCAAACAGGCUUCACGAGCACAGAUUCUAGACAAAGCCACCGAGUACAUCCAGUACAUGAGGAGGAAAAACCACACCCACCAGCAAGACAUCGAUGACCUAAAGAAGCAGAAUGCACUGUUGGAGCAGCAGGUCCGUGCACUGGAGAAGGCCAAGGGGAACACUCAGCUCCAGACAAACUACUCUUCUGACAGCAGCUUGUACACAAACCGCAAAGGGAGCGCCGUGUCCGCCUUCGACGGCGGCUCAGACUCCAGCUCCGAAUCAGAACCGGAUAAGCCGCCGAACAGAAAGAAGUUGCGCGUGGAAUCCAGCUAGACAUGGACUGCGCCCAGCAAUCCAAAAAGACUCUUUAUAGCCCCACAAGCCCCACUGAUUCCUCCUACCUGUCCGCACUCAGUUCCGCCUUCUUACGUCAGUCCAGGAGGCGAGGUGGAGACUGUGUGAGAAAGGUGCUCUUAUGUAUAAAAACGCUUCUACCUUCCUUAUUUCCCUCCUGGCAAGCAUCCCGUCACUCCCAGCGAAGACUUUAAAGACCCCACAGUGAGGCAGCUCUGCAGUUUUGAAGGACUUCAAGCUUUUCAAACCUCAUGAUAACCUUUCAUAAUCAGAAGUGGAGGUGACGUGUGAUGAGGCUUUAGUAAAGCUACAUAAAUACAAACUUUUUCCUUUGUUGGAGUUGUGAGACUUUUACCACCUUUGACAAAUUAGGGAUAGUUUACCUUUAUAAUAUUCGUACUUUUCCAGAAAAGAAUGUGAAGUUGCUUUUGAAAAAAAUGUCUGUAAUGCAACAUGAAACCCUCCUUAUUCAGUGUAGGUGGCUCAAGUUGUUUGUGUAAUCAAAUGAAUCCUGUUAAUAGUGAUGCACCAGAAUUGGUUUCUAUCCUUUAUGUCUGAUCUCUUCUCCAUUUUGCCUGAGAUUUUCCUGAGAACACAGGAGGACAAAGAAGUCAACCUGCUGUUUUCACACUCAGCUGUUUAUUUUUCUCUAUUUUUAUCAUCACCACAUAAAAUGGUGUUAAAAAAAAACCCUAUUGGAUGCUGAAUGUUACACGAUGCAGUUAAAGGGCAGCGACCUUUUGUUUUUUUGUUAAUUGAAGUCCUUUCAGUGUGUAGUGUAUAACACUGUAUACUCUUAAAUGGUGUCAGCUCUGCAAAGAAAAGCCUUCCCUUGAAAUAUUUGCCUGUGCUGGGAAUGUUUAUCUUUCUUUUGUUUUUCCUUUUUGCAGAGGUAAAGUUAGUGUGUACGUAAUCAACAUUUGUUUGUUCCAUUCCGUGGAAAUUACAGGUAUGUUGUACAUACUGCCAAUGGUUGUCUUGCAAGUUGAGGCAUACCUUUAUUAUGAAACUAUAAAUAAAACUAUUUUAUCCUUUUGGGA